AGUCAACAUUGAUACAAGGAAAUAAAAUAAAAAAGAUAUUCUUAGAUCUGUCCUCUGAACUUAUAUAUCAACUUCAUCUCCCGUCUCUAUCAAUCUUUCUCUCUUUCUCUGUAAUUUUUUUCCCUGCAAACCUCACAAUACUCAUAAUCAUAAAUCUUCCAAAAAAUCUCUCACCUAAAAAAGUGUUUCAGAGAUGAGAAAAUCUCUACUUCUAACAUUGUUACUAGGAGUAUCUUUAUCAGCAUUCUUGAUAGUAAUCUUCUUUAUCAUCUUCCUUAGAAGAAAAGAAUCAUCAUCUACUGAAUCAGAUCAAUACGACGUCGAAUCACUAGACCACAACAAACAAGGCUUCUCCUCGGAAACAGAGGAACUCGUAAUCUUUCAAGGCGGAGAAGAUCUCACGAUCUGCGAUAUCCUCGAUGCUCCCGGAGAAGUCAUCGGAAAAUCAAGCUAUGGUACUCUAUACAAAGCGUCUUUACAAAGAAGCGGCAAGAUUAGGGUUCUUAGGUUUCUUAGACCGGUGUGUACAGUGAGAUCGGAUUCUAAAGAGUUUAAUGGCAUCAUCGAAACACUUGGGUUUGUUCGACAUGAGAAUUUGGUUCCUCUGUUAGGUUUCUACGCUGGAAACAGAGGAGAGAAGCUUAUGGUUCAUCCUUUCUUCGGUUCCGGGAAUCUUUCCGACUUCAUCAGAAGUGGAGAUGAUGAAUCAAGAAAAUGGAUCAAUAUUUUAAGAAUCACAAUUGGAAUAUCGAAAGCCCUUGAUCAUCUUCAUACAGGAAUGCAAAAACCAAUCGUCCAUGGCAAUCUGAAGUCCAAGAACGUUCUUCUCAGUUCGAGUUUCGAACCUAGAAUCUCUGAUUUCGGUUUACAUUUGCUCUUGAACCUGUCUGCAGGACAAGAGAUUCUUGAUGUUUCUGCAGCUGAGGGAUACAAAGCUCCUGAGUUAAUAAAGAUGAAGGACGUGAGCAAAGAGAGUGAUGUGUAUAGUCUUGGUGUGAUCAUGCUUGAGCUAGUCUCUGGUAAAGAACCGAUAAACGAGAAUGCAACUGGCGAUGAUGAGUUCUAUCUUCCUGAUUUUAUGAGGAAUGCUGUUCUUGAUCAUAGGUUGUCUGAUUUAUACCGUCCUGAGAUUCUCGGAAGUGAUGAUAAUCUAAGUGAAGAAUGUGUCCUCAAGUAUUUUCAGCUUGCAAUGUCUUGUUGCUCUCCUUCGCCUUCUCUUAGGCCAAACGUCAAACAAGUCUUGAGGAAACUUGAAGAGAUUGGGAAAUUUUAG